AUGAAGUCCGAACACUUCGUCCUGGUCACUUCUGUCAGCUCACCAUUCCCCAAGAUCUUGAUGCUUCCAUCGAAUCCACAAGGGGGUCUUCCCGUAGCGAAAGGGUACUUGCCAAUGUCUCUCGAUAUCUCGAAGGGAGGAAAACAGAAAUUACCUUUCGACUAUUUCUUUUGCGAAUUUAUUGAAGGAACACCUUUUAAAGUGCCUCGUGCACAUUGGUAUGGAAGCAUCGACCUUCAGGGUGAUAGAUUGUUACACUUCAUCGAUGAAUACGCCAAAGUCCAAAUUCUACAUUCGAAUCAUCCUCUUCCUUUCACCAGGAUCGGAUGUCUCUGUUAUGAGGAUGUUGAUCAUGGAGAUUGUUCAGUCAAGGUAGGACCAAUCGCUUGCCGAGGAACAUUGAUGAAGACAAAAUCACCCUAUUUCUUUGGUCCAUUCUCUACCAACAAAGAACGCUAUCUUGCAAAUGUCGAUGCUACUCUCAACUACGAUCGACAUUAUGCACCUAAAACACUUCGAACACUGGACAAAUACCUUUGGCACCUGGAGUUGGGAGAACUCGUUAAUGCUUGUAACGUGUUUGAGGAGGAGCCGAAAGAGGUAUAUAUCAAGCAUGAUGAUGAGAAGGGAGAUCAUUUCAUGGUGGAUGAAGAGGAGAAGGUUACCGGUAUCAUUGACUGGGAAUGGGUAUAUGUCACUACCAAAGCAGAAGCUUUCGCCAGUCCCUGUCUAUUCUACCGAGACCAAAACUAUCGUCUAGGAAGUGACGAGCUUACUUCAAACGAAGAGCUUCUCAUAGAGGUUUACAGACGAUACGAUCGACCCGACUUAGCAGAUUGCGUGCAAAAUGGUAGAUUAUAUGUUCAACUUGAUCACAUUGGCCAUUAUGAGCAGACUUUGCAGAAAUCGGGAUUCAGGGAAGUGUUUGGGAAGGAUAUUCAAUCCUCCCAGAGCUGA